UGCGUCACUACUGACGCCAAAUUCCACGUUGGGCAAUCAGUAAUAAGUAAACGCGAUCUGACACGGGGAAUUUUCUUCAGCAAUAAUGGGCUUUCCGUAUACAUUUUACAAACAUCAGAUUCAAACACGCAAACUUCUUCAAUCUGCGUUUGUCAAAGAAGUGGAGUCAAUUCAAAGCGCCGAAAGUAUGGAUGUUAGUGAGGAAUUUUCAAGGCUUCUAGACUUAUCAGUUGAAUUAAACUUACAAGUAGUAGAAAAAGGUUUGGAAAAAAGCAAGAAAGCGAUCAAUAAGUUAAAAAUCAAGAUAACUCAGUUGUUCCAAAAUGUAAGCACCUCAACAAACACAAAACUAGAUGAUAUUAUAGCCCUUGCAACAGUUUCUUUUCAUAUGGGUGUAUUAUACAGUAAUUAUGCAGAAAUUGAAAAACUAUAUAUUGGUGAAGUCUAUUUUAUGAAAUGUCUGGAAUUGUUAAAAGGAAAAGAGUGUGAACCCAAAACUAUAUUGACAACUAUGAGAGUAUUUAUAGAAUUAAGUUUAAUUUGGGCUAAAUUGGAAAAACCAGAGAAACAAUAUUUCUUUUUACAUGAAGCAAUGAUGCUAUAUUUAAAAUAUACAAAUGAAGAAAAUGAGUGUCCUGAUCUUAUUGAUGCAACAGUUUUACUUGGUAUUGAAGAUGAGGAAAAGCAUCCUAAGCUUUUAUUAGAGGAAUUUUAUACAAUAAUUAUGGAGACCUUAAUAGAACUUUAUCCAAGUAUGGCUCAAAAUAUGCAUGGAUUUGUAAUAUAUUUUCAUAAUUUAUUAGAAAAGCAAAUAGCAGAUAUAAUGUCUAGAGAUGAAAAAUCUCUGGAAUGGGCUAACACAUCACUUGCAUUAACCGUAUAUUUUAUAGAAAAUCAUCGUUUUACUGAAGCUAGAAAUCAUAUUGCUGCUACAGAGUAUAUACUGGAUACAUUUAGUAAUGACAUACAAAAUCAAAACAAUUUUUCAGAAGAAUUACAGAAUUUCUAUAAAGAAAUGCGUGUUCAGGUUGCUAAUUUUUGGGGAAGAUAUGGACUUAGACUUUUACGUGUAUCAAAAUACAAAUUGUCACAAGAUGAAAGUGAUAACACAUUGCAUGAAACAGAUAACUCAAAAUCAGAAUUCUGCACGAAGCCUGAGAAGGAACUAAUGAAAUUUUUAAUAUUUGCUGACUUAGAAAAAGACUUGGAAAAAAAAUAUUUAACUAACCAGAUUACAGACAAGUAUUUGUCAAAUUCCAAUGAUGCUAAAAUAGUUUUUGUGAAUGUUUUGAGAUGGUUCAAUGAAACAAAGAAAUAUUCUAAUGCUUUAGGAAAUUCUAUACAAUUUAUAAACCAAACGUUACAUAUAUCUUAUGCAUACAAAUAUUUUGCAAAGUACGAACAAGACAAAGACAAGCAGAUAAAUUUAUAUAAACUACAAAUAAAAAAUUUAAAAGAGGCACUUCAAAUUUUAAAUACAAGUGAAGAAAAAGUUUUAAACCCAAGUUUAUUUGCUUCUUAUUAUGCACAAAUUAAUUAUGAAUUAUCAAUAGCUAACUCAUUUAUCUUAAGUAUAAAGACUGAGCCUUUGGUGUUGAAUAUAGAACAGCUAAGAAAUAACUCAAUUGACAAAAUGCCAGUAGAAAUUACAGAAUUAGUGAACAGUAAUGUAGAUCAUCUUAGAAAUGCUUUAGAGAUGUUUUCUAUAUUUGUUUAAAAGACUUAUUGUAUACUUUUUAAAAUAUAUUUGAACACUGUUGGAUAAACAUUAAA